AUGUUCUUUUUCCGUCGUCAGAAUGCCAAGCCCGCGCCCCGUCCCUCGCGUGCUCCAUCCUUUGCUCUGCCCAAGCGGCGUCCUCCUGUCCAGCUGACGCCCUCGCAUCAGCAUGACCAGUUGCCCUUCCUGCGACGAUCCCGAUUCAGCGCUCUACCGCAUUUUCGGGCGUACGAGGAUGAGCCGGAGAACCUGUCGCUCUUUAUCGCCAUCCUGUACGUGGUGGAUCUGUUCGGUAUCUUCCCGUUCGUCACGCUGCCUGCGCUGUUGGUGAAGCUGGGCUAUUUCGGUAUUCUGCUGGUGCUGUCCAUCAUCUUCCUGCAGAUCUACACUUCCUUCCUGCUAUCGCAAUGCUGGACAAUGGCCGAGCUGCUCGAUCCCUCUAUUCAGCAAAAGCGGAAUUAUCCAUACGCCGCUCUGGCCGAGCUGGCCUACGGUCCGUAUAUGAGCCUGUUGGUCUCUGUGCUCUUGGAUCUCAGCAUCUUUGCCAUGGCAGUGCCCAGUGUGGUGAUGGCCGCCGAAAAUCUAGAGGCCGUUGUUCUUCGCAUGAGCGCCGGACAGUACAACUUCUCCUACUGCUACUGGGCCAUCAUUGUGGGCCUGGUCAUAUGUCCCCUCAUGUGGCUGGGCAGUCCGAAGCAUAUGCGGGGCCUGGCCAUUAUCGCCGUCUGUGUGAUGAUUGUAAUUGUGGCUCUGCUUUGGUUCUGCCUGUUUGCUGCUCCAGCAAUUGGAACUCCCUUCGAGGGCAUCUCCUUGGAGUUACCUGGCUUUCUAACCGUGCUCAACAGCUACAGCAUUCUGGCAUUCCAGUUCGACAUCCAUCCGGUGCUCCUAACCCUUCAAAUUGACAUGAAGAAAAAGUCGCAGGUAUCCUGGGCGGCUUUAAGUGGUAUUGCCAUUACCUGCAGCGUGGCUAUCUUUGGCUCUAUUAUAGCAGCUUAUAAAUUUGGAUCGAUGAUAGCUGAUAACCUGCUGCAGACUUUGCCCACUAGUGUUCCAUUUUACGUGAUGCUGAUCCUGAUGGCCCUUCAGCUCUGCUUCUCCGUCACGGUAGCCAGCUCGGCCAUGUUUCUUCAGAUCGAGAACUAUUUCAAGCUGCCGGAAUCCCUCUCCUUCAAGCGGAUGUUGAUCCGUUCCUCGGUGUUGGCCCUGGAGGUGCUCGUGGCUGAGUUCGUGCCCAGUUUUGAUGCCCUGAUGGAUGUGGUAGGUGGCACCAUAACAGGACCUCUGGUCUUUAUCCUGCCGCCGCUGCUUUAUCGUCGCAUCCGGCGAAUGGAGCGUGUACACCAACGGAUAGCGGCGGAGGCCAGCUACGGUAGCCUGCCGCUGGACCUCAACUACGAUCCCGUGGAGCUGGAAAUGGAGCCACUGCUGGUGACCGCUCCGCCGGUAUCACCGCGCGGCUGCUGGAUCCGGUUGGUGCGACUGCUGCACCGCCUGGAGUGCGAUGUGUCCUGCACGAUGGGAGUACUCCUUUUCGGGCUGCUGGCCACAUUCCUGUCCACCUAUCUGAAUCUCUUCAGUCUGUCGAAUUUGUUUACCAACAACUCGCCCUGCCUGAGCAAUCUGACCAAGCACUUCUGA